UUUCCCCCCCUCUUUCUUCUCUACAUAACAGUGGGUAUUGCUGGGAGCUAAAAAGGUAUAUACAACAUUUUGGUGGUUCAGGUAGGAGUGUGUGUAGUCCUCCACCAAAUGAACAUAUGCUAAGGAAAAACAAAGCUGCUUCAUGUAAUUCCUCUGUACUGCUGAGAAAACCUGUGUUUUAAAGCACAGGAGCUGUUGCCAGGCUGAGCUACGUUUUGAAAGCAGAACUUGACUGAUUGUUUAGGAAAGCAUCUACUGAGGAGGCUAAAAAUCCCCUUCUAAGUUUAGUAUGAAGCUCAUGCCACAAGAAAAACUUUCUGUUUCUAGUAUAGUUAAAAAGUUCAAUCCACUUGACAGCUGGAUUAAUGUAACUCCUUAAAGUGCCUUUUAAGUCUUGAAUUCUGAAUGUGUUAAACAGCCUUUUGUUUAAGAUUUGUUGUCUGACUGGUCUCGCUGAUAACACUCCCUUCUGACUUGACACAGAGGCUGAUCUAUUGGUGCUGUCUGGCUUGCAAAGAGAACCCAUGUCCUAGAUUUAGUGUAGGAUCUGGUUGGAGGAGAAGGCUGGAACUAGAGCUCUCUCAUGCUGAAUUUCAGCAGAAAUAGGCCCAGCCAUUCCGUUGAACGAGGAGAGAAGGCUUGCACAUCAAAAUAAGCUGUGUAGCAAGUAUUUUAGAAGCAGACUGGGUCUACUAUCUCUUAGCCCUGUACAACUGGAACAUGACUUCUCCUGGUCCCCAUCUGUGCAGUAUCCCAAUUGAUGUGGUUUUAUUUUAUUAUUAUUUUUAAAUGAACAAAAAGACAUAUUUCAGGAUAGUGCUUGGCUGACUUCUAUAAGCUUGGGAAAUGCUGAAAGUCCAGGUCUUGGCUUCUUAUGCCUGUCUUGAAAAGCAGAAUUUUAGUUGAGUUUUGAGCUUGACUCUAUCAGGUUCUUUUGUGUUCUUUGCCCCUUUCCCCAGUCUCUUCCAAUAGGUUUGUGUGUUUGUUUAUUUGUUUGGGACCUGUCUGGAUUCCCACAAGAGCUAACCUACUCCUGCAGCAGAGCACCCUGCUAGGGAUUGGGGAAUAGAAUUUAACGUAUUGCCUUAUUUCUGCUGGUUUAUUUUGAAUGACCUACUGACAUUUCUCCUUGGAUCUGAAUGCGUUAAGGACAGGCUUUUACAGAAGCUGAAGCCAGUGGAAAUGUUAUCCUUCUUAGUCACUUUUCUUGGAGAGGGUUAAAGCAAAUAAACACACGAGGGCCAAUUCUCCUCUAUAUUUAAAACAAAUAAAGCAAACAACAACCAACUAUCACUAAGGAACCACAAGAGCUGCCUUGGAGGACUGCGUGGAGGGAUGAGUUCCCACUCCUGGGGACUGUCAGCACCUAUUCCUUACUGCAGCUUGGGCUCCUUCCAGGCCUCCGAUCCAUCACAGAUUCAUUUUGUUGCCCACUGCUAUUUAUUUUGACUCUUCUGGUGCACUGGAAGAAGUCUAUGCUUUGGAAAUAAUAAAAGCUAUACAUAACUUGCAAGUUCUGAGCAAUGGUUUCCUCCUGUUUAACUCCCCUUUUUCUCAUGGAUUCUCACCAUGCCCUUCUUUCUCCCUGUCUGCUCACAUCUACCUGGAUAUAGGGUACUCAGUGCAGCACCUUCCCUGGGGCCUUGGAGAGGAACUGCAGGUUGAUAUCAGUGCCCUGAACAGAGCAAUUCUCAAGGGCCAGGCAGAGAGAUUUCCAUACGGUUCAGAAGCAGAAUAGCGUGGUGGACACCUGCAUCCCCUGGCAAUUUAAUAGACUGACCUGUCUGAUGUGAGCUCCUACAGUGCUGGACACGAUGGCUUUGUUUCCUGUCCUCAAACAAGAGAUGUUGUUCCGGAAUGGCACGUGGAGCUAUCGAAUCCCAGCCCUGCUCUACCUGCCGCGUUUCAGCAUCAUCCUGGCAUUUGCUGAGGAACGAGAGGAUGUGGUGGAUGAGCAUGCCAAGCUCAUAGUGAUGCGCAGAGGCAUGUACAACCCAGCCACGCACCAUGUUCAGUGGAGCGGCAUGGAGACCAUUGUCAGUGCACAGCUGGAAGAUCACCGAUCCAUGAAUCCCUGUCCUGUUUAUGAUGAGGUCUCAGGGAAACUGAUCCUGUUCUUCAUAGCUGUCCCAGGAAAGAUCUCUGAGCACCACCAGCUCAGGACAAAGAUCAACCUGGUACGUCUUUGCUACGUCACUAGUGUGGACCAAGGACGCACGUGGAGCCCUGUCCAGGAUAUCACCGAGAGUGCCAUCAGCACAGAGUAUAAGAACUGGGCCACUUUUGCAGUGGGACCGGGUCAUGGAUUGCAGCUGUCCAAUAUGGCCCGGAGCCUUGUUAUUCCUGCCUAUGCCUUUCGUAUUUUUGACCCUAAGCAACACCCAAUCUCUCACGCCUUCUGUUUCAUCAGCUCUGACCAUGGGAUGACAUGGGAGAUGGGGAACUUUGUGGAAAAAGAGAGUGCAGGGGAGUGCCAGGUAGCUGAGGUACACAGCUGUAGCAAGGACGUGCUCUACUGCAAUGCUAGGACCAACAGGGGAGCGAGAAUCCAGGCUGUCAGCUACAACUAUGGGGUGGACUUUGAGGAAGGGCAGCGGGUUGAAAAGCUUGUAGAGCCUCCCUCUGGAUGUCAUGGAAGUAUUGUUGCCUUCCCUCCUCCUCCUGAUGUCUGGUGCCAAGAUAGCUGGUUGCUGUAUGCUCAUCCUGUGGACCCAAGGGGUCGAAGAAAUCUAGGUAUUUACCUCAACAAAAGCCCUCUAAAUCCAGCACGCUGGACAAAGCCAAGCAUUCUCUUCAAGGGCUUAUGUGCUUACUCAGAUCUGCAGUACAUGGGGAUUGGGCCAGAUGGCUCACCCAUGUUCUCCUGCCUCUUUGAAUACGGGAUCCAUCAACAAUGUGAAGAGAUAAUCUUUGUAAUGUUCACUUUGAAGCAAGCCUUCCCAUCUGAGUGCUGAGUCUCGAGCCUUUUCAUUGGGAUUCUUCUGAAAACCACCUUUGCUGGUGCUUCUUUUCACUAUCACCUCUCCUCUUUCAGCAAAAGAAUUUCCGCAUUCUUCCCACACCGUCUAUUAGGCAUUGUCUUGUAGCAUGUAUAUAUCGCAAAGUCUAUUAAACACGCUAAAACUAAA